GGAAAUAAUUGGGAGUAGUCGAGAAGUUCUUCGCUAGCUACUGGCUAUAUAACUGGACUGCAAAAGAGAUAGCAGAGACGGGGAAAUUAAAGGGUUUAUAUAGGCUUCUUGCAUUACCCUUGCAGAACCGGAAUAUGCCCUGUAGCCCGCCGUGCUAUACUAUGCCAUGCCAGGCUUUCCCCCUUCUAAUGCCCUUGCCGUGAAAAAAUGCCUUGGCGUUAAUGCAGCCCCUCUUAUACAGAGAGAUCCGCUAUAGCUAUAAGGCCCUAUUACCGUUAAUCCUGUACUCUUAUCCCGGAAUAUGCCUAUCUAUAGCCGUUAUUCCCACUUUGCUAUAUACUACGAUUGGCCAAUCUCAGUAUUAUUUCUCGAUUGUCGGCGAGGCCGUGAAAAGCUGAGCAGGAAGGAGCGACAAUUAUUAUACGAGGGGGGGGGGGGG